UACAUGUCUUAGCUACUGGUCGGAACCCUGUUGAGGAUCCUCCAUCUAUAAGUGAAGGCUGUGGUGGCCGUGUAACUGAUUAUCGUAUAGAGGAUUUUGGUAAAUUUAUGAAAGAGAAUCGUCUGGCUCCAUACCCAAAUGCAGGAGGGACUGGCGAAGAGUUGCCAGUUGAAAAAGCUUUGUCACGUUUAGAGAGAGGAACUCGACACUGGCCAAUGGCAAUAAGCGAGACCCUGGUUUUUAAUAUGUCGUCACAAUUAGAGCCCUUAUUAUCAAACCUUGUCAAAGGAAAACUGACUGAUGAAGACGUCCAAGAUUGUAAAAAGGUUAUCUAUAAGUUGCAAGCCAUGGAAAGCAGAAACGAUACGCUUCCACUACCAAUGAUAAGCAUGCGCGGAAAAGGCUCUAAAAGGGAGGAACAGUAUCGUCAACUGUGGGCUGAGCUAGACCUAUUUAUACAAGAGGCAGCAAGAACUUCCCCAAACCAUACAAAGGUUCAUGAUUGUCUUCGUGGAUUGCAAGAUAGUGAUUCUAACUUUACCUCAAGUAAUGGAGCUCAAUCUUCUAACAAAGAUUUGAAAUCUUCAGAUUCAACCGGCGUACAAGAUUUGUCAUGGAGAGAACUUGAUAAGUACUCCCAAAUGACAGAACACGAGAAAAGAACCAUGAAUCAGGUUCCAAGUGAUCCAAGAAGAAGACGAAAGAAUUCUGAGCCACCAGAAGAAGUCGCUGCUAAAAAAAGAAAACCUAAUAAUCAGACUGGAUUGAAGUCGGGAGGGCUGACCAUAUCAUCAUCUCUCGGUUCGAAGGGAAAUCUUAUGACCAUAUUGACAAAUCAGUUGAAAUUCUUGGCCAGUCGGCGGCACGAAGAGUUUGAAGGUCGAAAAAAUUCGGUGGAUGCGAAAGCAGAACUUUAUCCUGAACUAACAAAAGAAAUUAAUAUAUCAAGCUUAAAUACAGCGUCGGUGAAAGAGUGGGUUUGAAUACCACAGCAACAUAGGACAUUGAGCAGUAAUCGGUGAAGGACAGUCUGGCCAAGAAACCAUGCCACAUCCACAUUGUUCGCUUUCUGUAUCAACUUGGGUCGCUGCGCCAUCGAUUAUGACUAGGAACCGGAUCUGGAACUGUUGUCCAGUAUUUCUUAUUGGAUUCAUUAGUGCUAACCAGGUUAUGAACAAACAUACCUGUUAGCUUCAGAGUUUCUUGACACGAGCUUACUUGCUCUGUUUUGUUCAAUGCAUAGCAAACGAACACUGCUACAUUCUGAAUUUCAAUAUCAGAAAAUUCAGCAAAGACGACAAAAUAAAACAUUUAUUUUACUCGCAUUAACGUAAAAAAUGUUAAGCUAGGUCAGAAAUACCCUUUUGUGGCUCAACCCUACUUCGGGGAUCUUCAAACAUAGGACUAGUCCUUCUUGUUCGAAAAGAACCGACUCAGUCGAGAGAUAUUCGGCUUUUUUAGAACCUUUUUUAUUCUAAAUGGUAAAAGCAUUAUCCUAUUGCAAUAAA